AUGAUAAAGUGAAUUGGUAGUGUAUAAACUAGAUUUAGCUUCUUGGAUUAAGCUGAAAAUUUUGUCAACAAAAGAAUAAAUUUUACUUUUUAGAACAUGCUUACAAAGGAUGUCAUAAUUUCAGAAAACUCAACAAAACUCUUGCUUUUAAAAAAGCAUCAAGACUAUUUAUCAGCAUAUGGGGUCAAAAAAGACAAUUAUGAAUACUGCAUGACAGAAUAUCUAAGAAUGAGUGGAAUUUACUGGGGAAUGACAGCAAUGGAUUUGAUGGGAAGUUUGGAUCUUCUGGACAAACAACAGAUUCUAGAUUUUGUUCGGGAAUGUCAGCAUGUGUGUGGAGGUAUUGGAGCCAGCAAGGGUCAUGAUCCUCAUCUUCUGUAUACAUUGAGUGCUGUGCAGAUACUUACCAUCUAUGAUGCCCUUGAUGUAAUUGAUAUUUCUGGUGUGGUUGAUUAUGUGAAAAAUUUACAACAGGAAGAUGGAAGCUUUUAUGGAGACAAGUGGGGUGAAGUGGAUACCAGGUUUUCAUUUUGUGCCAUAGCUUGCUUAGCACUUUUGGGUAGGAUUGAUGCUAUCAAUGUUGAUAAGGCUGUGGAGUUUAUCUUGUCAUGUAUGAACUUUGAUGGUGGGUUUGGAUGUAAACCUGGAUCUGAGACCCAUGCUGGACAGAUUUACUGCUGCUUAGGAACAUUAGCCAUCACAGGAAACCUACAUUAUGUAAAUGCUGACCUGUUAGGAUGGUGGUUGUGUGAGAGACAGCUGCCAUCUGGUGGACUAAAUGGACGUCCAGAAAAGUUACCUGAUGUGUGUUAUUCAUGGUGGGUUUUGUCUUCAUUAAAAAUUCUGGGGAGACUACACUGGAUAGACAAGGAAAAACUUGUAAAAUUUAUCUUGGCUUGUCAAGAUGAAGAAACAGGAGGUUUUGCUGACCGACCUGCUGACAUGGUUGACCCUUUCCACACAUUAUUUGGAUUAGCUGGAUUAUCAUUGUUAGGAGAUCAGACACUCAAAGAAGUUAAUCCAGUGUUCUGUAUGCCUGAAUAUGUUAUCCAUCGUCUUGGCUGUGAUCUUCAACUAUUGAAUGUGUAAGUAAUAAAAUGAUUGGUGGGACAGAAUUAUUCAUACUGUGAAGCUCUCGUUAAUGUGACAUCAACCAUUACUAUUCCAUUAUCUCAAAAGCAGCAUGCAUUUCAUACUGUGACUUGGAUUGAAUAAACUUAAACGAGGAACUGUUCCAAAUGCUGCAAGUGAUAUGAAUGUAGUGCUACUGAAUAGAUCAUAAUAUAAUUUAUUUACGUAUCACAUUUAUAUAAACUGAGUCCUGCUACAUUUUGUUUUUCAGUUAUUAAUAAAUAGUACAUGUAGUUGGCACAUGCCAUCCCCUUAAGACAUUAUUUUUGUAUUCAAAAUAAUCUUAAAUAAUUUAAUUGGAAAUAUUAUAACUAAUUUUCUGUUUUAGUAAAUACAGCUUCCAAAAAUUUUGCACUUUCCGUAUAAUAAUCGCCGACUUAUGUCCAUGCUUGAUUAAAUUAUAAUUAUACCUGUUUGUUUAUUUUAAUCAGUGUUUAUUUUGCCUUUAUAUAAAGUACCCACUAUUAGUCCUAGUAAUAAAAAUCCUAGGGUUAGUUUUUGUCACUCUGACAAUUGUAUUUAGUUUAUGGGUGUUCUUAAGAACUAAUCAUGGAAGCACAAAAAUAAAGCUAAAAUGAAAUACUACUUUUUUCUUUUAGAAAAUGCACAAAAGACUUGCCACACCUAAAACGAAAAUUAAUACGGAAACCAUGCACAAUUUGAUCUUUUGUUUGGCAGUUCUGUGUGUGUUAACCCUUACUUACACUUUUCGUGACAUUUGGCCAUUUAACUUUUAUUCUAUACUUUUACAACACAAGAUGUACUAAUCCUAAAAAGUAAAGUUAAAUUUAGUAUAUUUAUUCAAAUUAUUUAAAAAUAAAAUAGGUAAUCUGGAAGCUUAAUUUAACAAAUGUAAUAAAUAUGUUAAAAAUGGCUGUUGCUAGCUCUACUUGGUUCUCAAAUGAUAGUUUUAUGUGUUUAGUUGGGUGCCUGGAACUAAUAUCAUUCAAGUUAUAGCACCACUGAAUAUGUCUUAGCAUCAGAACAUCACAGUCUCUCUCUAAAGACCAAAAUCAUUUUGUAAUUAUCUGUCUACCAACCAGAUGUUUAAUUUGGGUGAAAUCGUUUGGUGGUUAUGAAGUAAAAUCCAGAAGGAUUGUUCCUGUUAUUUUAGGUGCCUACAUAUAUGUAAAAUUUAGCUCUUAAAAUUUCAAAGUUUCUAGAAUUAGCUACUUUUUUUUCUAUUUUUAAAACAUAAGAUUAACCUAAUCUUUUUUUUUUUUUCAUUCUCAGUACUUCUGUAGUCAAUGUUUGUGAGAAUACUUGGCAGUUGUGGCAUAAGUCUGUGUAGUUUAAAUAAAAUCAUAAACACUGCUAAAUAUGUUACAUUCUAAGUUUCUAUCCUUAAAAAGGUUUUAUUAUUAUUAAUAUUAUGUAUUUUAAGCAGUCUAAUAAACCUGUAAACUGAGUAUGGUGCAUGUAAAUAUUAUCUCUUAGUACAUUCUAAAUAGAUGGACUAUAAUGAAAUGGAUUUUUGUAACCAACCUAUGAGGACUAUUGAUUUACUGUGGAUGAAAUAAAUAUGGUCAUCAGUUUU